UUGAGGGACGCGCGAGGGAAGGAAGGUCUCCUCGCGCUGGAAUAAAAGCGCUAUUGAUUGUUGCUUUGGAGUAAAACUCCACUAUUCAGAGAGGGAUACAAUCGCUAUAAAUGAGGGAAAACGACGAAAAAGAUGGAUGUAGCCAACCAGAAGUGUGAAAAUUUUGACAGAAAAGUUGUCAAGAAAACCCAAACAUUGAUUUACCUCAAUUUUUGUUGAAAGAUGAAUAUGGGUACUUUCUUCGGAUAAUUUUUGGCGCGUCGAGCCAGGAGGAACAUUCAGCAAUAGAAAAGUAGAUUAUCUGACUGAUAGUUAGGCCUAUGGAUUUUUCUUUAUUGGAAGCAAUUAAACAUUGCAUUUGUGAAUCUGUUACGCAUCAGUGAAGGUUUAACGACACUAAAUUGGACUUUUCUUCGGGACAGGUGUUGGUUUUGAGCUUGAAUCAGUUGUUUAGUUGUUUUUGACUAGUUGUUUAGACAUUUGAAGUGUUCGUUGCGCACAGGUUAAGGUAAUAAUUUAUGGGACAUAUUCCGGCCCAAAAAUAUUUAGAUAGUUUAGGCUACUGUUUGUCAAAAAUAAAAUAAACCUAGAACAACCUCUGUUUAAUUCCUUAAAAAGCUGUCAACAUAUUGUUAAACCUGAUAGCGGUUACAGCAACAGACCAUAACUAAGUAGUCUGUUUUUCGCUCAAUAACAUUUGAAGCAGGGUUGUCGGAAGCAACACAACACGGUUACAUUACAACGCGCCCAAGCAAUACCACUGGAACUGUGUUUUUUACGGUUUUCACGGAUCCCUGGGGAAUACCGCGAGUUCGCGCUGUUAUGCUGGAGCACUGAAUUUAAACGAACUCUAGGGAAAUUAAAGACCAAGUCCGGGAACAGAAAGAGAGAUAACACGAAGCCCGUCCAUCCUUUACAACAUGGAGCUGCACAAAUACCUGCUACUCCUCAAGUUAAUAGUUCUCCUCAAAGGGUUGUGUGAGUGUUUCAACAUCGAUGUUAAGCGGCCUCGUAUCUACACUGGUCCAGAGGAGGCCCUGUUUGGUUUCUCUGUGCUACAGCAUGACAAUGCGGGGGACAAAUCGAUGCUGGUUGGUGCUCCUUGGGAUGGACCUUCCAAUACCAGGAGAGGAGACGUGUACAAAUGCCUCGUGGGAGAGGAGAGGAGCUCCAACUGCACCAAAACCAACCUAGGUGAGAGCACGUUACAGAAUGUAUCUAGAAACCUGAAGAACUCUCAUCUAGGAAUGACCCUCACUCCAGACUCACCUGAUGGAUUCCUGGCGUGUGCGCCCCUGUGGUCUCAGGAGUGUGGUACGUCAGUCUUCAGUACGGGGAUCUGUGCUUCUGUCAGCGACGACCUGGAACCUAGAGAGACCAUCGCCCCUACAGCACAGAGAUGUGCAACAUACAUGGACAUAGUGAUCGUUCUGGAUGGCUCCAAUAGUAUCUAUCCCUGGUAUGAAGUCCAGAACUUCCUCAGUAACAUCCUCAGCAAGUUCCAUAUCAGCCCAGAACAGAUGCAGGUGGGGGUUUUGCAGUACGGUGAGGUUGCGGUCCAUGAGUGGUCACUGAGAGACUACCAGACAACACAGGAGGUGGUUGAAGCAGCUAAGAACAUCAGCCGACAGGAGGGGCGGGAGACACGCACAGCAUACGCCAUCCACAUGGGCUGCACGGAGGCAUUCAGCCCUGAGCGGGGGGCGAGGGAGGGGGCCACCAAGGUCAUGAUCGUGGUGACGGACGGAGAGUCACAUGAUGGGGAGGAGCUACCAGAUGCUCUUGAGGAGUGUGAGAAGAGAAACAUCACCAGAUAUGCCAUCGCUGUAUUGGGUCACUACAUCCGCAGGCAGCAGGACCCAGAGACGUUUAUCAGUGAGAUCAAGUACAUUGCCAGCGACCCUGACGACAAAUACUUCUUCAACGUGACUGAUGAGGCGGCGCUCAACGACAUCGUAGAUGCACUAGGAGACCGCAUCUUCACUCUAGAGGGGACGCUGGGGUACAACGAGAGCUCCUUCAAGUUUGAGAUGUCCCAGAUCGGCUUCUCCACACACGUUCUCGAUGAUGGCAUCCUGUUUGGGAUGGUGGGGGCGUAUGACUGGGACGGAGGGGUGCUGAAGGAGGGAGCUGAGGGCCGCAUCAUGCCCACCAGAGAGGCCUUUGAGUCAGAGUUCCCCCAGGAGCUCAAGAACCACGCUGCCUAUCUGGGCUACACAGUGUCGUCAGUGAUAGUGGGAGACUGGAGGAGGCUGUAUGUGGCUGGAGCUCCCAGGUUCAAACACAAAGGAAAGGUCAUUCUGUUUGAACUGAGCAACAAUGGAGAUGUCAACAUUGCACAGGCCCUCAAUGGAGAACAGAUUGGGUCGUACUAUGGCAGUGAGGUGUGUGGGUUGGACGUGGACCAGGAUGGCAUUACUGAUGUUCUGCUGGUGGCAGCACCCAUGUACCUGGGCCCUGGCAACAAGGAGGCAGGCAGAGUCUACAUCUACUCCCUCAGUGCGGAGGAGGUGUUUGUGUCUAACGGUACUCUGAAGGCAGAGGAUAGGUCCCAGGAUGCUAGGUUUGGCUACGCCCUGGCCUCCGCCCCAGACCUCAACCAUGACGGGUACACUGACCUGCUGGUGGGGGCACCCCUAGAGGAUGGACACAAUGGGGCCAUAUACGUAUACCACGGCCAGGGCAUACACAUCAUCCACAACUACAAACAGCGUAUCGCAGGGUCGUCCCUGUCCCCCUCUCUGCAGUACUUUGGGCGCAGUGUGAGUGCCAGAUUGGACCUGGAUGGAGAUGGUCUGUUAGACCUGACUGUGGGGGCCCAGGGCAGUGCUGUACUACUCAGUUCUCGUAAUAUAGUCCAGAUCAACAUGAGUCUGUCCUUCCAGCCCCACUCCAUCAACGUCAUCCAGAAGACGUGUCAGAGAGGAGGGAGGGAGUCUGCCUGUCUCAACGCUACAGCCUGCUUCCUGGCUCUGUCCCGCUCCCCUGGAACUCACAGCAACAGCUUUGAGCUGUCGGUGGUGGCCAUGUUGGAUGAGAGAAAGUUGACAGCGAGGGCGUUGUUUGACGACAGCAACCAGAGACAGUCACAGCUGGGGGUCAGAGUUCACACAGGACAGACCGUCUGCCACAACCUGCCCUUCCAUGUGUUUGACACAGCUGACUACAUCCGUCCAAUCAGCUUCUCCCUGCGCUUUAAGAUCAACGACACAGAGAGCGGCCCAGUGCUGGACGAAGGCUGGCCCACCACCUUCAAGAGAUCGAUUGCGUUCUUCAAAGACUGUGGUGAGGAUGAUGUGUGUGUCACUGAUCUGGUGCUGCAGGCUCAUAUGGACAUCUCUGGGACAAGACUGCAGCCCUAUGUGAUCCGUAGCCCUCGCAGACGUCUGGCUGUAGAAGUCCAGCUGCAGAACAGACUGGAGAACGCCUACAACACCAGCCUAUCGCUGCACUACUCACGCAACCUCCACUUCUCUAGUCUCAGUAUACGGGAGGAUACCCAGUUGAAAAUUGAGUGUACAUCUCUCAGUUCCAACAGUCAUUCCUGUAAUGUCAGCUAUCCUGUGUUCCGCUCCCACUCCAAGGUGAACUUCAUGUUAGAGUUUGAGUUCAGCUGUACGUCUCUGCUCAGUAAAGUCCAGAUGAAACUCACAGUUGCCAGUGACAGUGUGGAGAGAGAGGCUACGUUGGGAGACAACAGUGUUCAGCUCCAGACUGUGGUUCAGUACGAACCUGACCUCUUCAUCACCAGUGACACCAAUCUGAACCGUUAUGAGGUCCACCCAACCAGAACCAUAUCAGAGGCAAUAGGACCAGAGUUCUACACACACUUCAGGCUGCAGAACCUGGGCUGUUACAGUGUGAGUAACCUGGAGUUGAGGCUGAGCCUGCCCUCUGUAGCAGCUGGAGACAGAAUCUUCAUGGCUGUUACUGAGGUCUUCUCUUACAACGUGACAGGGGUGAACUGCAGUGUAGACAGUGACGUGUCCCAGCUGAAGGACAGACAGAGAGAUGUACGACCACUACAUCCUGAAGACAUGCAACAGACUGACCUACUGAACUGCAGCAGGUCGUGGUGUGUGGAGGUGGUGUGUGAGGUACAGCAGCUGCAUCGAGGACAGACCGCUCUCAUACGAGUCAGCCGCAGGGUCCACGACAACUUCUUCAGACAGGCUAAGUUUAAGGUGGUGAGGAUAGUGAGUGCCUAUCGUCUGGCUGCUCAGGAAUCUAACCUGGUCACUCUUGGGAGUGGCACCAUCUGGAGGGAGACGGUGUUGGAGGUACUAAAGGGGCGGGCCAUCCCCAUUUCUCUCUGGAUUUUGAUAGGUAGCAUUAUUGGAGGGCUUCUGCUAUUGGCCCUCAUCAUCUUCGCAAUGUGGAAGCUGGGGUUCUUCACUCGUAAACAGAUAAAGGACGAGGAACUCGAGGACUGAGCCCGCACCUCGCCGCCAUGAUGUCAGUCAAUGGAUACAGUAUAUGUGACAACCAGAGUCCACUUCGUACCCAUCCCCAUGGCAACGACCUGCACAGAGACAGCUCCGCCGCCCCAGCAAUAAAAACAGAUGCCUUCCCUCUCUUCUAAAUCAUGCCCCCCCCAAAAAGAACACACAGCCGGUAUAGAUGAGCGUCGCCCAGUGUGUGUGUGAACUGUCAAAACCCCUAACACCACAUGGCACAGACUGCAUCUAUCAUCAGACACCCCAACAUCUUGUCUGUUUCUACAGGUGAACCCAUGGCUGUAGGGCUGUAGUUACACACCUGUUUAGAAAGGUACAGCAGGAAGGACGUGAACAGGAGUUUUCUGCAGAGAUGUCCCAGACAGGAAAUAAUGCUGUACACCACGUGUUAAACUCAUUCCACGGAGGGCUGAGUGUCUGCAGGUUCACUCCACCCUUGUACUUGAUUGAUGAAUUAAGGUCACGAAUUAGUGAGGGACUCCACUCAACAGGUUGUCUAGGUCUUAAUUGAAUGGACAAAACAAAAACCUACAGACACACAGCCCUCCGUGGAAUGAAUUUGACACUCCUGGUGCAAUGUGACUUGGUAUGAUGGUAUCAACCAGGUAUCAACCUGUAAUUAGUACCAUGUUGUAUAAGUAGAUACCGUACAGGUAUCAACCUGUAAUUAGUACCAUGUUGUAUAAGUAGAUACCGUACAGGUAUCAACCUGUAAUUAGUACCAUGUUGUAUAAGUAGAUACAGUACAGGUAUCAACCUGUAAUUAGUACCAUGUUGUAUAAGUAGAUACCGUACAGGUAUCAACCUGUAAUUAGUACCAUGUUGUAUAAGUAGAUACCGUACAGGUAUCAACCUGUAAUUAGUACCAUGUUGUAUAAGUAGAUACCGUACAGGUAUCAACCUGUAAUUAGUACCAUGUUGUAUAAGUAGAUACCGUACAGGUAUCAACCUGUAAUUAGUACCAUGUUGUAUAAGUAGAUACAGUACAGGUAUCAACCUGUAAUUAGUACCAUGUUGUAUAAGUAGAUACCGUACAGGUAUCAACCUGUAAUUAGUACCAUGUUGUAUAAGUAGAUACAGUACAGGUAUCAACCUGUAAUUAGUACCAUGUUGUAUAAGUAGAUACAGUACAGGUAUCAACCUGUAAUUAGUACCAUGUUGUAUAAGUAGAUACAGUACAGGUAUCAACCUGUAAUUAGUACCAUGUUGUAUAAGUAGAUACAGUACAGGUAUCAACCUGUAAUUAGUACCAUGUUGUGCUAUAUGGAAAGCAGUUCCAUCCUUCAAGGAAGCUUGAAUGAAAAUGCACUACCUGAUAAUGGGGGCCGCUUAUAAUCAUGUGAAUAUAUUUGUAUUUCUAUGAAACGCUGUUACAAACCUAACUGUCUAUUUAAUAUUCAGAAGUCAUCAUGACUUUAGAUUUUUCACCCAUUUUCUCUACAGUAGAGUUCAUUUUCUGAGUCAAAUUAAAACUGUUGAUAAUUAAAGUUUUUGUUAAUGUUA